UGAGUCCUAUCUUCUCUUCCGAUCGCCUUCUCCUCUCUUUCUUUCUUUUUCUUCUUCUUCUCUUUCCCUCCAAUGGUAAAUCACAAACUUUGAUCCAGAAAGUUUGCAAAGACGCCUCAAAAGACAGCAAAUAUAUGACCUACAAGUUCUGCGUUACAGCUCUCCAAACAGACCCUAACAGCCAUCAUGCAAGCUUUGAAGGACUUGGACUUAUAGCACUGAAACUUGACAAAAUCAAAAUGAGUCGCUUGAUUUCUUACACUGAGAACCUGGUCAAGUACAAGCAAUUCAAUGAUUCAUACGUGAAGGAAGCCUUGAAGGAUUGUGUGGAACUCUACUCGGAUGGGAUUGACUCAGUGAUGGUAGCAACAAUGGCUUACAAGGUUAGGGAUUAUGGAACAGCUAAUGUACAUAUGAGUGCAGCAUUUGAUUCAGCGUUUGAUUGUGAAGAUGGGUUUAAUGAGAGAAGAGGUGUAGAGUUCCCUUUGAAGAAGCUGAAUCAGGUUAUGAUUUCUGUAAAUGAAUUGGCUUUGUAUUUUACCUAUGAGCUUAGUCAGCCAAAGAAUGACUAGA